AACUUUUGGUAGAGAAAUGAAAAGCAAGUUACGUUUGCAAUGAGUUUCUUCAGGUUCCUAGUCUUUCUUUCCCUCGUGCAUGGUUCAUUACAGUCACUGGAUACCUUUACAUUACAAGGAAAUGCCAAUGGACAGCCAUGUGUAUUCCCUUUCAAAUAUGAAGGCAAACAGUACAAUGAGUGCACAGAUGCUGGUAGGUCAGAUGGCUGGCUCUGGUGUGCGACAACUGCAGACUUUGAUGCAGAUAAACGAUAUGGAUUUUGCCCACUAAUAAAUGACACAGAAAGAUUUUGGAUGGAAGAUGUCUCAACUGGCAUUCACUAUCAGAUAAACUCAGAAUCAGCUCUAACAUGGCACCAAGCAAGGAAAAGCUGUCAGCAGCAAGAUGCAGAACUCUUAAGCAUCACAGAGAUUCAUGAGCAAGCAUAUAUAGGAGAGCUAAUUAAAAAAUUCAGUUUUGCAUUCUGGAUUGGAUUGAAUAGUUUGGAUUUCAACAGUGGAUGGCAGUGGGCUGGGGGCAGCCCUUUCAGAUAUUUAAACUGGGCUCCAGGAAGUCCUUUCCUGCUCCCUGGGAAAAUCUGUGGAGUGAUGAAUCCUAGAAAGAAUGCUACAUGGGAAAACCAAGCAUGUAACCAGAGACUCGGCUACAUUUGUAAAAAGAGAAACUUCAGUUUAAUGUCUGACAUUAUACCCAAAGAGAAAUUGAGAUGCAUUAAGUGCCCAGAUGGCUGGUGGCCAUAUGCAGGCCACUGCUACAGCAUUCAGCGGGAACUCAAAAUAUGGAAAGAUGCUCUGACUUCAUGUAAGAAGCAAAAUGGAGAUUUGGCAAGUGUCCACAACAUUGCUGAAUACAGCUUUCUAGUGUCACAGCUUGGCUACAAGCCAACAGAAGAACUAUGGCUGGGUCUGAAUGACCUCAAGGCUCACUUCUAUUUUGAGUGGAGUGAUGGGACUCCUGUGACGUUCACGAAAUGGCAGCACAGGCAUCCUACCUACAUAAACGGUCUGGAGGACUGCGUGGUUAUGAAGGGACAGGAUGGAUACUGGGCAACUGAUGUUUGUGAUAAGCAACUUGGUUACAUCUGUAAAAAGAAGCCUUCAUCACAGUCCUCUGAAAAAGAGACAAUCGAGGACCCAGGCUGUCAGAAAGGUUGGAAAAGAUAUGGUUCUCACUGUUACUUAGUGGGUUCUGCACUUCUGACAUUCUCAGAAGCAAAUAAGACAUGUGAACAGAGCAAAGCUUAUCUAGCUACAGUGGAAAACAGAAAUGAGCAAGCCUUUCUGAUUAGUCUAACGGGGCUGCGGUCUGAAAAAUAUUUCUGGAUUGGUCUCUCUGACACAGAAGAACGAGGGAGUUUCAGGUGGACCAGUGGUGAACCUCUUCUCUUCACAUACUGGAACAGAGCAAUGCCAGGAAAAGAGCAAGGCUGUGUUGCCAUGGGAACUGGAAUUGCAGCAGGAUUAUGGGAUGUCGUUAGCUGUGAGAAGACAGCAAAUUAUUUUUGCAAACAGCAGGCAGCAGGAGUGCCACCUCCUGCUCCUCCAGGACCAGUCCCUGCAACUGCCUGUGCUGAAGGCUGGGACGGAGCCUCCUGGGGAGACUCAUGCUUCAAAUUUUUUGUGAGAGAGGGAAACGAAAAGAAGUCAUGGUUUGAGGCUGAAGAAUUCUGUAGAGCCAUAGGAGGAAAUCUGGUCACAAUCAAUAGAAGAGAAGAUCAAAUUUUAUUAUGGCAAUUAGCAUCGGAUAAAGGACUGCACACUCAGGCUUUCUGGAUUGGUUUGUUUCUCUUAAAUCCUGAUGAAGGAUUUGCCUGGAUUGAUGGUUGCCCUGUAAUUUAUGAGAACUGGGAUGAAGAUGAACCCAACAACCAUGAAGAACUUGAACAUUGUGUUAUGUUUAAUAGAUCACCCCAAAUGCGCUGGAACGACUUGCGCUGUGAACAUUUACUUAAUUGGAUUUGUGAAACAAAAAAAGGUACACUACUAAAGCCUGAACCAAACGUCAAAUUUGAAUUCCAAGCCACUAAUGAUGGAUGGAUUAUAUAUGAAGAUAAGCAGUAUUAUUUCAGCAAAGAACGUGUCCAUAUGGAAGAAGCACGGAGAAUUUGUCAGAAGAACUUUGCAGAUCUGGUUGUCAUUGAGAAUGAAAGCAAAAGACAAUUUCUAUGGAAAUAUAUUUACACAAAACUCAAAGCGGAAUCAUAUUUCAUUGGCUUAGUUGUCAGCUUUGAUCAGAAAUUCAGCUGGCUGGAUCAGACCGCAGUGAACUAUGUUGCCUGGGCUCCGAACGAACCCAAUUUUGCAAAUAACGAUGAAAACUGUGUGAUAAUGUCAAAAGAUUUUGGCUUUUGGAAAGAUAUAAGCUGUGCUGUGAAAAAUGCCUUCAUUUGUGAAAGGCACAAUUCAGUUUAUUCAGGAUUUGCUUCUACUGUACUUCCACCUCUGGGAGGAUGUCCAGAAACUUGGCUUUUGUUUAAAAAUAAGUGUUAUAAGAUAUUUGGAUCCAGAGAAGAAGAGAGACUGACUUGGCACUCUGCAAGAAGUGCCUGUAUAAGAUUAGGGGGAAAUUUGGCCUCUAUACACAAUGAGCAAGUGCAAGCCUUCUUCACCUUCCACCUGAAAGAUGUUGCCAAUGAAACCUGGAUUGGAUUGAAUGAUAUUAACAGUGAGGAUACAUAUCUCUGGACAGAUGGAAGCUCUUUUGACUAUUCAAAGUGGGGAAGACAAUUCCCAUUUAGAGAUAAAUAUAUAAAAGUUAACUGGAAGUACAUUACAAUAGAGACUGAUUGUGUUGCAAUGACAAAAAGAUCUGUAGAUGAAGCAGGGUGCUGGGAAAACACUGACUGCCAGCAUAACAAAAGUUAUAUUUGCCAGAUGGACAGCAAGCCUGAACUGUUUCGUUCCACAACUGCUCCAGAUUCUGAUUUCAUCCAUUAUGGUAACAGCAGCUAUUUAAUCAUUCGUUCUAAAAUGAAUUGGGAAGAAGCAAGAACAGCCUGCAAGGAUAAAUCUUCAGAGCUUGCCAGCAUUUUUGAUUAUUAUAGUAAUAUAUUCCUGCUGCUGCAGGCAGCACAAUAUGGAGAGCCCUUAUGGAUUGGGCUCAAUAGCAAUGUGACUUAUGGCUAUUACAGAUGGACCGAUAAAAGGAAAUUAAGUUUUACUAAGUGGUACUAUGGAGAACCAAAACAGAAGAUAGCCUGUGUCUAUCUAGAGCUCCAUGGGACUUGGAAAACAGCACCUUGUAAUGAAAAACAUUUUCCUGUCUGCAAAAAAUCUGAGGAUGUACUUCCUUCUGAUCCCCCACAGGAUAUUGGAAAAUGUCCUGAAUCUGAUCACAUAUCUUGGAUUCCUUUCCGAAGCCACUGCUAUAACUUCAAUGACAAUGAAAUGAGCUGGGUUCAGUCUGUGACUCAGUGCGUUCAAUCAGGUGGUACAUUGGCUUCUGUAGAAGAUCUGGCUGAAUCACACUUUUUAGUGGAGCAUGCAUACUUAUACACAAGCAAGACAAGUGGCUUUUGGAUAGGAAUAUACAGAAAUGUAAAUGGGCAGCUGCUUUGGCAAGACAACAGCACCUUAGACUUUGUCAACUGGGCUGAAGGUCAGCCUUCGGAGGAGCAGCUUCAUUACUGUGUGGAGUUGUCUGCAUUCUCUGGCUACUGGAGUAUCCUUCCUUGCUCUUCCCAAAAGGGUUUUAUUUGUAAGAAACCAAAAACUAUUCUUGGGGCAGAUGCAAAUGUGGAAGAUGCCAAAAAGGACAAAUCACAUGGUCUCAUGAAUAUAUGGAUACUACUUACUCUCAUCCUCAUCAUUUUAUUAGGGAUGGGCUUCAUGAUUUAUUUCUUAUUCAAGAUCAAAACUCAAAGUGAAACUGAAAGAGAGGCGAGGCAGUACAGCACACAGCUAGAGUACAGCUGUGUCCUAACUGGAAGGGACAAUGAAAAUGAUUCUACCAAUGACAAAGAAAAAAAUGAUUAUAGUGUCGUCUAAUGGGAUAAUGCAGCCAAAUUAUAUGAUUAAGCUUAAAAAAAAUUCUAGCUGUAACAAAGGAAAUCUUAGUAAAAUCUACAUGCACCUAAUAGACACUAUGAACUAAAAUUAGGAAUUAUUCCUCUGGUAAGGAUUGAGAGCUCUUGCUCUAUUCAAUAAAUACUCUCAGGACUAAGACUCUAUACUGUAUACAAUGGCUAAUAAAACAAGCAUACAAAAUAACAGAACUAGUGGGAAUUUAGGCUUAAAAGUUAUGGAUUAAUACUCUAGUGUUCUCUUUUUAGAUUUAUAGCAGCAUCACAUACAGACUCAAGUGAUCAUUGCCUUUGCAGAGAACUUAGCCCCAAAGCCUGCACUAUGAGAAAAUAUCUCACCAUAACAUACUGAAGUAAGCAUACUGUUGCUCAAGUAAAAUGGUGUUUGGAAUAAACAGAGAUUUACAUUAUUUCCUUUUCCCCAUUAUUGCCUCUGUCUUACACUCUUUACACAAGUAACUUCCUUGCCAUAACAUUAUAUGUAAAAUGCAAAUACAUGUCCUUCAUCCAUGGCUUCAACUUGGAUUUUGCAAAACAAGUAAAUAUUUGCAAACUCUCAAUCAUAUUCUAUGAUUUUGAAUGUUUUGUAUCAGUUAUGAAUAUGAGAUUGUAUCAAUAAAUGAUUAUAUAUUACAUAAUAAUAGUUCAGUGUUGUUUAAUUAGUAUGUGGAGAUGUUAUACGGUUUGGUGAUCUCAUGAGUGCUUAAUCUCAUGACCCUAAGAGAGAGGC